UGUAAUGCUACAUUUGUGAUAAAACACCAUGGGAAUAUUAUCUUCUUAUAGAAUUCUCGUGCCGGGGCUUGUACCUUCUGUUUUCGAUGCAUUUAUGUGAUGAGAUCGACUUCGAAACAGUGGGGGUGGUUCGCCAUUACCGCUCACCGCAGGGCCGCAAAGGUCCCGUGUAUCUUAACACGCUACAGGAGUUAUACUCCCAGGCCCCAACGUGCAACUUCUGUCCUCAACUAGCAGAACUGAUCGAAUAUCGCCUUCGCAAUGAGGUAUCAAACCACAAAGACAUAAAUGACACCACUAUUUGCUUCAAAAUUGAAUUUUACGUGACGGACAAUUGCGAUUUUGUCAUCCGAAAACCCUUCGAAAGAUCAGUGCUUGAAGUCAGUACCGCCGCUGGCUUGCGUAUCAUCCUGCAGCGGACUGCAGCUGGACGCAGGGUUUCAACUCACCCUGAUAAUGGACGCCAGCCAUGGGAUCGAUCUAGCAGACAGCUUGGAGUCAACAGCACAGCGAAGACAGGCAAUAGAAAAAACAGCUAGCCUCGACAAGCGUCUCGGCCGACAGAGAGAGUUACUGAUCGAUUUCGAGUUAAUAAACUCGUGGUGCUGCAUGUGCCUGGAAAACCACGCCUUAUGUAAGUUGCCGCGGACAUUCAGCAGGGUGCCGUGCCUUCGACUUGUCGACAUUAAUGCCAUGUGCAUUAAGGAGUUCGGCGAAGGACCACGGCCAAGUUUUGCCGCACUCAGUUACGUCUGGGGAACAGCGACCUUUUUGAAACUGGUCAAAGAGAACCUUCGUCAUUUGAAAACACCCGGAAGCCUCGAGAAGUCAUCACCGCCGACCACCAUCGCCGACGCUAUGACUGUCUGCGCUAGGCUGAAAUUCGCGUACCUCUGGGUUGAUAGCCUCUGUAUCAUCCAAGAUGACGACCGUGAUAUGUUGGAUAUGGUCGAAAAGAUGAACGCUAUCUACACGGAGGCUGAUCUAACAAUAUUUGCCGCGUCUGGAACAGACGCACACAGCGGUCUUCCUGGCGUUCGUCAGGGCACGCGGGACGGACCGGAACAGCGGCUGCUGAUAGUUCUGGGCACACCUCUUAUUGACUCGGUGGAUGAGAGACAGUUUGACAAUUAUAUCAAAGGUCCAAGUUGUGAAGGACGACAUACCCAAAGAAAUUCGCCUGUCGCGGCCACUACAACACCGAGCGCUGGUAUUUUACACAGAGACUACAAUAGUGAGAUAUGAUCCCACAGCUCCCGUCGAAACCAAGGACUGGGAUGACGGGUCUCUCAUUAGGAGGUGGACUUUCCCGCUAUUGAUCAUGAUUGGACAAGAAUUUUAUCAAGUGAAGAUGGAAAAUAAGAGAACUGGUGGGCAGGGUAAACUAAAGGAAAUCGAGUUGAUAGUGCCAUAUACUUGGCCCCGUUGCAAAGCCAAUUCUUGUGAAGAUUUGGUGUACUGUUGGCCAGUGUUCAUGGAUGAAAGGACAAGAGUUCGGGCUUCUUAUAAGGCUACAGUCAUGACUUUAGAGCUUUGGAAUGAGUUGCCAAGACGGAAAUGGGAG